AAUCGAAGACUCCCCUUUACAAUGACCUCUUAACUCCUAAACGAUGUACCAUUUCUUGUCGCCGCUUUUCUGACAGCUAGGAGUCUUACCCCUUCCAUUGAUGUUUCCAAACCUAGUGUAAACCUGCAUAUAUCAUUAUAUGAUCGUGCACGUGCACAUAUUAACUUAACCUCAAUUAUUUAUGUCCAAAUAUAUGAAACUUCAUAUAUUUUUGUAACAAAAGUAUAACAAAGAUUUUUAUAGUAAUUGUAGAAAGAAAAAAGGCAAAAUGGCAAAGUCACAUGUAAUAAACAAAGCUCCUCGAAAAGAGGGAUUUAAACGUUCUGGGCACAGCAUGAAUCCUGAACGACCUACAGAAGGAUUAAAAGGUGUAGCGAAGGUCCGAACAAAAGCAACAAUUAAAAGGUUACAAAUGUACCGUAAUCAAAAACCAAAGCGUGAUCGUAAAGGACAUAUCAUUAGUCCAGCUCCAUUUCAAGGAUGGAAGCCAUCUGGUACUAUGUCUCGUGUAGAACCUUCGCAGAGAUGGUUUGGCAAUUCAAGAGUUAUUUCUCAAAAUGCUUUACAAAAAUUUCAAACUGAAUUAGGGAAAGCAAUGAAAGAUCCUUACAAUGUAAUUAUGAAGUCUACGCAAUUGCCGAUAACAUUACUUCAACAAAAGGCUGCAAAUGCAAGAGUGCAUUUAUUAGAUACAGAAAGUUUUGAAAGCGUUUUUGGUCCAAAGAAAGUACGAAAAAGACCAAAUUUAUCACUAUCAUCAUAUGAUGAACUACAAAAAUUAGCAGAAGAAAGGCAAGAAACGUACAAUUUGGAAAAGGAUUCUAAGGAUGUUGAUCUUGUACGUCCAGAUACAGGUGUUAAAGAAGCUCAAAGAGAUUGGGUUAUGUCAGCAGGACAAAGCAAGAGAAUUUGGAAUGAAUUGUACAAAGUUAUAGAUUCUUCUGAUGUUAUUUUACAAGUAUUGGAUGCCAGAGAUCCUUUAGGAACUAGAUCACCGCCAAUAGAAAAAUAUCUCAGAACAGAAAAACCUCAUAAGCAUUUAAUGUUUAUUUUAAACAAAGUAGAUCUUGUUCCAACUUGGGUAACACAAAGAUGGGUUGCAAUAUUAAGUGCAGAAUAUCCAACAGUGGCCUUUCAUGCUUCUAUGACGCAUCCAUUUGGUAAAGGUUCUUUGAUUAAUUUGUUACGCCAGUUUGCAAAACUACAUAUUGAUAAGAAACAAAUCAGUGUAGGUUUUAUAGGGUAUCCUAAUACAGGUAAAAGUUCAAUUAUAAAUACCUUAAGAUCAAAGAAAGUAUGUAAUGUUGCACCAAUAGCAGGAGAGACAAAAGUAUGGCAAUAUAUUACUUUGAUGCGACGUAUUUACUUGAUAGAUUGUCCAGGCGUAGUUUAUCCAUCAGCAGAAACUGACACAGAAAAAGUAUUGAAAGGCGUAGUAAGAGUAGAACUUGUUCAAAAUCCUGAAGAUUACAUUUCAGAAGUAUUAUUACGAGUAAAAGAAGACUAUAUACGUAAGACAUAUAAAAUUAUGGAAUGGGAUGAUCACAUUGAUUUUCUGGAGAAGUUAGCACGUAGAAGUGGUAAAUUAUUAAAGAAAGGCGAACCAGAUAUCACUAUCGUCUCACGAAUGGUUUUGAACGACUGGCAACGUGGUAAAUUGCCAUUUUAUGUUCCGCCUCCUGGUUUUGAAGAACCAUUGACGAAGACAACAGAUGAAAUUCCUGUUGAAAAUAACAAUUCUGAAAAAGAGAAUGUUGAUAUGGAUAAAACUGAGGAUACAUCAAAUAAAGAUCUACCAAAACUUCAGUUAUCUGUAAUACAAGAUUUUCGAAAAAUUAGGGUUGGUUUACCAUAUUCAGGUGAUGAUGUCAAAAAUGAUCUAUACAUUGAAUCCAAUGCAUCUAAUGAAAACGAUCUGACAGAAGAAACUGAUUCAGUUGUGUCUGAUUUGAAUAAUGACAAUAUCAAUGAAACUCAAAAUGAUGAAAAUAUACAACCUGGAGAAACAUCAGUAGUAAAUGAAGAAAUUGUUGAAUCCGAUCAAAAUUUAAAAAAUGGAAAUGAAAAAGAAUUAAAUGAAGAAAAUUCUGAUGAUGAAAUUCAUUUGCAAUUAGAAAAAGAUACUUUAUUGCAAAGUGUGUAUGAUGAGGUAGAAAAGGAAUAUGAUUCUAGUGAUACUGAAAUGUUAGAUACAAAUACUACAUCAAGUAGUGGAGUAUUUAAAGUUUCUUCAGCAUCUUCUAAGAUGGAAUCGCCGAUAGAAAAAGAAAAGAAGUUAACAAGCAAACAACGACGAGCCAUAGAAAGAGCUAGUAAAAGGAAGAAAGUUGGUAGUAAUUUUUACGAAGUUACAAAUGUAAAAAAUAGAAAUAGAAACAGAAGAAUACCUAAAGUUAAACGUAAAUAAUUCAUAACUAAGGAAAUAAAACAAUUAAGCAAAUAUAAACAGUUAUUUAUGUAAUUGAAAUUCAGAAACAAAAACUAAUCUAAAUAAGAAUAGUAAAUUUUAAUAUGUAUAGUAAAUUUUAAUAUAUAAAUACCUUUUUUUAUUAUUCUCAUUUAUGUUAUAAAUAAAUUGAUUUACACUAACAAUCAACUCAUCGAAUAUGAAGUUAUGUAAAAAUUAUUUUGUUACUAUGUCAAAUUUGUAUGUACUUUAACAGAUUCAUAAAAGAAGUAUUUGAAGUUUGUAUAUAAAAUAA